GUAAAUUUGGCAGAGUAGUGGAAACAGUAGCCAAUUCUAAUUUAUACCUAAAUAAAAUGGAUAAUGAUGAAUACAACAACCCAUUUAAAAACAAAAACAGACUGGUUUCUUAACUAACCCACUUAUCUUUUGUAGAAAUUAAUAUAUAAAUAAGUAUUAUUUUAUGCGUAAAACACUUGUCGGUUGUGUUGUUUGUGUGUAUUCUAUAACCAUGUGGUAUAAUAUAGCAAAAUUGAUAUUUUUAUUAACAUUGGUGACUUCUCUGAUAGAAACAAAACAAAGUGGAACUUUCAGAAACAACGAAGUAAAGGUUUUAGAAGGUCAACACAAAUUGAAUGAAGGAAAAGAGGGAAGUUCGAGACUUCCGCAAAUAUACAUCGAGAAGAAGAGGCUGAUACCAGCUGAAUAUUUCACCAACGAAAGAUAUAAAUGAUAGCCACAUAGUUUUAUAAAGAAAGCAAAAUUUAAAUAUUGAUAUUAUAAAUAAGCGAAUCUUACUUAGCUCUACUGAGUAUUUUAAAAUUUAGGCAAAUUACUAUUAAAAGAAUGUCAAUUAAUUCUAUUUAUUCUAUAGAGCAAUACGACCGAUGCGGCCAGGAAGGGAGUAGCCAUAGAGACAAUACUACUGAAAUCAUUCUGCCACCUUUUGCGGGGAGAGGAAUAGGCACACAAAUUCAGACUAACAUACAUUCGCAAAAAACUCACAUAUCAAAAAUGGCACAAUACACAGCCAAAUCCUGUAUACAUAUUUAAUUUUUUGUGUACAAAUAAGUCACGACUCCCAUUUUGACACGUUCUUUACGUCAGAAGGGCUUGACUCCAAUUUAUCGACAUCGCAAAAUCGAUGAUUUGGGAAAUCGCCAUUACCACAAUAAGGUGGAGGGAAUAUUAGUAAACAUAUUAGGAAUGCGUAUUAAAUUCGUCAACAGCAAUGACAAUGAAGGAAUGAACUUUAAUAUUUAGUAUGUCUGAAAAAAGAUUUAAACUUUAUUAAAACUGCCAUAACGCCUUGUUUUAUUAGAUUAAUAUUAUAUAAAUUUACACUAGGUUAUAAUAUUCACUUCAUUGGACAUUGUAUGGAGGUUGAAGUUUUCUGCAGAGAGUUAUUUAGAACUAACAAUGGAACUAAGAGCUUCUGAUUUUUGUUACCAAUUAAAGCAAAAGCUGCUUAAGCCGGAUUGGCGAGAAUUAGAUACCAAGAGUGCAAUAAUAUUGACGCCAUUAUUUGAGAAAAUAACGUUAUUGUUCAUAUAUAUUUCUGUUUAUUUCAACACAAAGCACAGUUUAGUAUGAUCAAAAAUAUCAUAUAAUCGUUACCCAUAAAUAAACAUAAAAAAGUGCUACAAUUAUGGAAAUUUAGACAAUGAUUUGGGGUCCGUAGCUACAAAUUCAUAUAAUUUUCAGAAAAUCUUUAAUAAGUAAAACUACUAUGGUGAUAUGAUAAUAAAUUAAUAUUUGCAAAUACAUAUUUGUAAUUGUAAUAACAUUUGGUGGGAAUUAUGGGCCGUUUUUAAUAGUUCAGUAUGUAUAUCUGAAAAGAAAAAUCAUUUUUCCAAACUACUUACGGUUGACUUGGUAUGGAUGGACGGAAAAGGUAAGAUUUUCAACUCCAAAUUUUUCAAGAAACAAUGAUGAAAUUAAACAUAUAAUUUUUGUAGCUUUAAUAUUCAUUUCCUGAAAUUAAAAACUAUGGUCAUCUCAUUAAAUGGGAUAAAAAGUCUCUUUUCUAUAUCUACCUUUGUUAUUUCUUAUUUACUUACUUGUUCAAAUCAAAUUAGAAUAUAUUUCUCAAAUAUGGAACUCUUAGUAUGAAAUUAUAAUGAUCAACUAAAAACUGUAAAAAAAUAUGUACGUAUCAUGCAUACAUGCUUUUGGUCGUUCGUAAAUUUAUCGACAUGUCACCACUGUAGACUACAUUACUAAAUCAUUCAAAGAAAAUAUUAAUAUUUUUUGAUUGACGAUCCGAAAUAUGUACUGACAAGUUUUUUGUUUUGUUAAACAAGUCUGACGAUUGAAUUUUCACAAAAUAAUAUUAAUUUUGUGUUUAAAAGUGAUUAACUAGAAAUAAUUAUGUUAAAAAUUCCACUUAUAUUUAACACCAUCCUUUUGUAAGUUUGAUGUUCCAGAUAUGUUUUACAGCAAAUUACAGAACAUUUUGGCAUUUUUGAUCUCUAACAUACAGUCGACUUGACUCAAUGUAGUGAAAUAUCCGAGCGCAACUAGUUUUGUUACGUGAGCUGGCCCAAUGCAAGCACAACAGCGGGGGAAAAUCGGCUUCCCUCUGCCGAUUUUCCAAGCUGCGAAUGCCUACUGGCCGCGUUGACCGUGUUGCUCUAUGUUAAUAAUAUAAUUUUAUAUUAUUUUUGUAUGUGUACGCUCAAAGAGUUAUUGUUAUAUUAAAUAUGUUAAAACUUUUUAGUCAGUAAGUGUAUUGUACUAUUUAUUCUUUUUGAGAAAUAAAAAUUCGUCAACCUCUAUUGUCAUCGUACGGAAAGGUAAGGCAUUAAGUUACCUAUCCUAUGCUACUAUUUUUUUAUGGAUGGUAUGAAUGGAUUAAAUUAAGUAAAGCAGUAGAUAAGGAUUGAUAAAUAGUUAUAACAAAUGUUACUGCUUUUCUUAAUUUCAUCCAUUUAUUUCAUCUACAAAAAAAUAAUAAUAUAUAAGUAUACCACUUUUUACUAACAAUCGUUUUACAAUAGUCUGUCUCUAAGUUCUAUAAAUUAAAGUCAUCAAUUUUAAAUACUUCUUUGUUGUCAUUGCAACAAACCAAAAUCAAAUGUCAUACCGAAAUGUCUUUUUAAUAAAUCGAUUGUUCGACUACUCUCUGUGUUAUUAUUAUUACCUUUGCCUUUAAAUAAAUAAUAAUAAAAAAAUUGACAAUAAGUAUUUUAUUGUGUUGUCAAUGUUCAAUGUUAACACAAGAGUUUAUAAAAUGAACCGGCUAUUCAUUUCUGUUUAUCAAAUUUAUCAAUAUUAUUGCAGAAAAUAGGCAUGGUUGUGUUCUUCUGGUGUGAAAAAAAGUGUCUGGCAAUAAAAACUGUUUACAGAAUGUGUCUGGCAGUAUUAAUUUCAUAUUUUUUACAAUAUUCUCUACAAUACACAUAGGGAUCAGUCCUCAGACUGUAAGGAAAAUGAGUAAAAUUUUACUUGCUCGUGCAACCUGAUACCUAAAAAUUUACCCUCAGCACUAGUUAGCAACACUCUGUCAGACUAGACGGACGGAUGGCAAGCUGAGGGAAUUUAAGGUCAGUCGAAACGAAGUUCAUUGGAGCUAUUAUUUUGGUAAAGAAUGAAAGACUUUUAUUUGACGUCAAUACAGUUUUAUUUAGGAACAGUGAAAACACAAAGUUAUGUAGGCAGACAAUUAAUAUGGACUGCGCUGUUUCUAUUCAUUUAAAACUGAAACAAAUGAUAUAAAAAAUGUUAAUAACUUUAAUAAAAUAGCAGACAUGAUAACUUGCCAGGUAAAAAUAAAAGAAAAUUUUACUAAAAACAUCACUCGGUCCAGGUUUUACAUGGGAAUCAUACCUCCAUCUUCCGCUAUUAGGGUAGGUGCACUAAAUACUCGGAUAGCGAUAGGUUGAUGCUGUUCGAAUACCGUCUGAACUUUGACCGAGUGGAUUUUUUCUAGCAAAAUUUUCUUUAGAUUUAAUCAUGUAGCAGUUAAAUGCUUAAAAUAAAAAUAUAAAAAAGGACAUUAUUUAAAUGAUCAUUUACUAUUUGUUCGAAGAUCUUUUAUUUAAGAGCCGUAAAUAAAUCCUUAAACCAGAUUACAGCGCCCUCUAUUGGGUAUAGUUGUACUAAGUAUAGUUUACUUAAAAUUUCUAUAUUUUUUUAAAUGGAAACAUUUGAUGUAGUAUGAUAAAACUUAAAAAAAGAUGGACGAAAUCAAUUUACCGUUUUUAUAUGGUGUGACCAAGGGAAAUAUAGGUAUUCAUUUUCAUAGAUGAAGAUAGAAAAUCUAUAGAUGGGCAAUAUUAGUACUGAUAGUUUCCAAUCGACACAAAGGAACCGAGCCACAAAAAGCGAAAAUAAUAAGAAACAUUUGAAUAGUGAAAAUGAAUGAAAAUGUUAUUCUGAAUUGCGCGCUAAACAUUUUCUAUCGACUCCGUGAUGCGUACCCUUUCCUGGUACAUGAAGUCAACUUGGUUUUCCCAGUACUUAUAAGUACAUUAUUUACUUACUAUAUAAAGUGGACGUAAUUAUCGCGGAUAUCAGUUUGCAUUUUGUGUGAAAGACAUAACUUGGUAAAAUGUUGUUUAACUUCGUAGCUGUUUUCGCGUUGAUAGGUAUUGUGGCAGGCCGUGCCAACAGGGACAUGUCUACUCAACUAAGGUUACGCAUGCAGUUAAUAGAAGACUGCAAAAAAUACGGCGGAGAGGAUGCAUGGACAAACCUUGAGGCCGCGAGUAACAAGUUUAGCGAGUGUGUUUUGAGUGAAAUAGAUGCAUACACUGUCAUGCAAAUACGUAAUGUGACGAAUAAUCCAGAGAGUCUGCACAGCAUCGCUAAAAAAGUGUGCGCUAAGAAGAGUCCCCUGCUAAGCUGCACUUUCAAUUUUCUGGAUAAAGUGGAGCCUUGUAUUGACCCUGUGUUACAAGGGAGAAUCAAUGAUUCUAAAAAGGCCGUGUCCGAGUUCGUAGACUACGUCUGUUUCAAUGAUGCAGAAGUAGUGGGCAAACUGGUUAGUCAAAGUGCAAUGAAGUGCGUAGAAGAUAAUGUCCAAAAUAUGUAUCAGUGCCUGAAUAGAGCAGAGCUUAUGGACUUACAAUCAACACCCAUACCAAAACGUUGCGAGAUAUUCCGGGAAGGCAGUAGUUGUAUUUUGAAUUCACUGAACACGUGUUCUGACAAAUCUUACGCUGAUUUCUUCGAGAACCUACUUGAUACUGUGGUCGUGGGGUCGUAUUGUGAAAAAGGCGUCAUCACCGACGUUAAAGUCAAUAACAUAUAAGAAGAAAAAGCUGCCUGACACUUUAGUGCAGUAAAUACAACUGGUUACUGUUAAAUAAAUAAAUAAUGAAUAAAUUAAAAUAUAUAAAUUUGAAAUACUAAAAAUUUAUUUUUCAUCUCCCAACUCGGAAAGAGUAUUUUUGCUUUCGAUAUCUGAGUGCAAAAGCCGUUUUUAACCUUUAGAGGAUAAGGUAUUGUGGCAGGCCGUGCCAACAGGGACAUGUCUACUCAACUAAGGUUACUCGUGCAGUUGAUAGAUGACUGCCAUAAAUACGGCGGAGAAUUGGCAUGGAUAAACCUUGAGGCCGCGAGUGGCAAGUUUAGUGAGUGUGCUUUGAGUGAAAUAGAUGCAUACACUGUCAUGCAAAUACGUAAUGUGACGAAAAAUCCAGAGAGUCUGCAGAGCAUCGCUAAAAAAGUGUGCGCUAAGAAGAGUCCUCUGCUAAGAUGCACUUUCAAUUUUCUGGAUAAUGUUGAGCCUUGUAUUGACCCUGUGUUACGAGGGAGAUACAAUGAUUCUAAAAAGGCCGUGUCCGAGUUCGUAGACUACGUCUGUUUCAAUGAUGCAGAAGUAAUGGGCAAACUGGUUAGUCAAAGUGCAAUGAAGUGCGUAAAAGAUAAUGUCCAAAAUAUGAAUCAGUGCCUGAAUAGCGCAGAGCCUAAGGACUUAGAAUCCACACCCAUACCAAAACGUUGCGAGAUAUUCCGGGAAGGCAGUAGUUGUAUUUUGAAUCCACUGAACACGUGUUCUGACAAAUCUUACGCUGAAUUCUUCGAGAACCUAUUUGAAACUGUGGCCGUGAGAUCGUAUUGUGAAAAAGGCGUCAUCACCGACGUAAAAGUCAAUAGCAUAUAAGAAGAAAUAGCUGCCGGACACUUUAGUGUAGUAAAUACAACUGUUAACUGUUAAAUAAAUAGAUAAUGAAUAAAAUAUAUAAAUUUGAAAUACUGAAAAAAUAUUUUUCAUCCCCCAACCCGGAAAAAGUAUUUUUGCUCUUCGAUAUCUGAGUGCAAAAGCCGUUUUUAUACAUAUAUAAUAUAAG